AUUUUGGUAACAAGCAACAUGGCGGACCUUGACCAGACUAUCAAAACGCAGCUCGAAAAGCAAAAUAUAAAACGCAACGUUGAUGUCAAACAGCUUUACUUGUCCAAGUGCAACCUCAGGGAUGUUUCCGACUUGGGAAGAUUUAAAAAUCUCAAAUACCUAUGGCUUAACCAAAACAUGCUCACCUCCAUUAACUUCCUGGCAAAUAAUUAUCGGUUGUCAGAAUUAUAUUUACAAGAAAACCAUUUAAAAGAAAUCACUGGGGCACUGAAACAUUUAACAAGCAUGGAGGUGCUAUAUUUGCACAACAACCAAUUGACCAAACUGGAAAAAGUAGUAGCAGAGUUCAGAAAAAUGCAGAAUUUAAAAUCACUGAAUUUGUUUAGCAAUCCAGUGGCCCAAGAGCCUGAUUACAGACUCUUUGUGAUAUCAAGUAUACCUUCCUUGGAAUUGCUGGACAGACAAGAAAUCACAAAAGAUGAGAAAGACAGGGCCAGAGAGAUCUAUGAUCAGGAGCAAGAAGAGGUGAGGGGCACCAUUGCAUUUGGACGAAGAUCCCAGGGUCCGCCAUGUAUAUAUUAUCCUUCAAGCUUAGAAAAACAAGCGCCAACAAAUCCAGUGGAAUUUGAAAUAGGAAACAAUUUCUACAGAAACAGUCCCAACUAUACAACCCCUGAUGAUGCUGUUAAUGCCAGACUGUUAAAGAAAUCUGUCAUGCAGUUCUCCAGGUUUGACUGGGCCAAGGUACCCAGGGGAGAACAAAAAAGGACUUCUGAGGAACCAUUUGAGACUCCUCAAGUGUUGACGAUGCACUUUAGAUGACAUAAGCAUUCUGAGACAUCCUAAGGAAUUGUUGGACAAUCCAGGCAGUGUGUGUGCAUGUGUGUGUGUGGCAAUGAACAUUGGAUGCAACACCCAUACUUAAAGUUCAGUUGCUGAAGUAGUGAAAAGUAUUACUUGUCUGAAGUCACACAUUUAUGUCAUGAAAAAAACACUUACAACAACAUUUUAUUAAGGUAAAAUAUAAUGUUCAAUAGUUAAGUAACAAAAUUUUACUGUUUUUAAAUAAAUGUUACUUUUCUAAUAAUUUGUUGUAUAAACAAGUUCACUUGCUGAAGUAGUGAAAAGUAUUACUUGUCUGAAGUCACACAUUUAUGUCAUGAAAAAGCACUUACAACAACAUUUUAUUAAGGUAAAAUAUAAUGCUCAAUAUUCAAGUAAAAUUUUACUGUUUUUAAAUAAAUAUUACUUUUCUAAUAAUUUGUUGUAUAAACAUAUUAGACAAGAAAAACUCUGAUAAUACAAUGAUGAUAAAUUGA